CUAGUUUGGCAGCUUUGAUAGUAGUAAACAUGUUUCUGCCUUUUAAGUCUGAUAUAUAUAUGAGACAUUACAACUUUUGCUAUUAAAGAACACUUUGCUUGACAAGGAAGAUGAAACUUUUCAGCUCGAUUUUUGUUAUCGUUCUGGUAUUUUCAUUGCGAGCAAAUUAUAACGUUGAUGCUUGUAAAGCAAUUGGUGAAACAUGUGCAAAAACUAUUUUUGACAGAUGUUGCGAUGGUAGUGUAUGUAAACUAAGUGCACCAUUUUAUGGAGAAUGUGUAGAAUGUUUAACUUCAGGAAAUAGAUGUUGGAAACAUUCAGAAUGUUGUUCAGGGUAUUGUAAUUGGUUUACAUGUCGGGAUUUAUAAACAUUAUUGUUUGACCAAUCAAUAUUUGGGAAGCGAUCGGUUAUUCUGAAAACCUUUUUUUUAAAGAAUAUAAUUUGUAAUGCAUUAUAACUUGUUUUUUUUCUGUAAAACAUUUCGAGUUUGACAGUAUACACUACUUAUCAGUAACUUAAAAUAAAAGUCAAAAGUUCUGUGAUUAAUCAUUGGGUAAGUAAUUUGAUUAUUUUAAUUGAUCAUUUCAGUAAGAUAGUUUAUGGGAGCUCAUUUUGUUUUUGUUUUAGUUCAGAAUAAUCAUUAUGAUAAUUUACAUUAAAAGGGGUUUUGUAGAUAUUAUAGUAAUUUUAGUAGUUGAGAUCAUCAAUCAGCUGAAGCUAGACAACCAUGGAAAACUUGGAAGCACUAGACGGCCGUUUCAUUCCCAUUGUGGGACUCCUCAGCAGUGCUCAUCCACGAUCUCGCCUCGCGAGAUAUAAACCCAGGACCUACCGGUCUCGCGCGUGAACUGUUAACUUCUAGACCAAUAAUUGUCUAACUCUAAAGUCUUUAUAUUAUAUGUACUUGAAAAGUAGUUCUUUCCACUAACUGAUGCUUCCCAUUUUUCAAUGGUGGUCCAAUAUUGAUCGGUCCAUGAUAACUAUCAAACUCAAUCUCCACAACCCAAGACUGAUUAUUAUGUUUGCUCAUGCCGUGUAUUUCAUUGUGAUAUUUGGUUCAUAAAUUGCCUUUAUUGGUUCAGUAGUCUCAUGUAAAUAUUCAUGUAUAUUCCGUUAAAGCCUGAUAACGACCUAAUUGAGAACACUAUUGUUCGCUUAUAUAUGUUGUUUUAGUACAGAAAAUAUGAAACUAAACGGAACAGGUUAUAGAUAGGAAAUGGUGUGAAGUUUCUUGCUUUUGAGGCAUACACAUUUUUUCAUUCCCAUCAAUAUUAAUAAAAGACAAUAUACGGAGAUAGAAUGAUCAUCAUUUUAGAUUGAGAAAAAUCUAUUUCACAUUAAAGGUAAGUAAAGUCAAAGUUUGUUCGAGAUAUUCUGUUCAUCGUAAACCUUUUAAAAUGAACAGAUAUUAAGAGAUUUACUUUUAACAAUUAAUAAGUUUACUUGAAUAAGAUUUAUAAUGGAAUCUACUUACUGAGGUCUGUGAUCGGCUUCCAAUUAAUUUAACUGUGAUCUUUUCGAUUCGUAGAGGUAAGAGUUUAAAGACUAACCAACCUAAACAUAUAUCCCAUGUGGUAUUUUACUUAAAGGCAGUUAUAGUGUUAAGUCUAUGAUUAUCGACGAGAAAUAGAAAUUUGAUCGUUUACUGUUGAUUAUGAAUCAUUUAUCACAAGACUGGUACAGACAAGUCAAAAGAGUUCUAAUUAAUGUCAGGAAAUUAGCCACAAUGAGUUGCAAAAAACACAGUGAAAGUUUUCUCUCAUCUGGAAUUAGUUCAAUAUUUCAGAUGAUAAGGCUGUUUUUAAAAUAACAGUCAAUAUUACAUUGAAAGUUAAGCCUAUACAAAAUCAUCGGUUGAUACUCAUGUUGAUUAGUCACUGCAUAAUAAGCAUUGUCAUGUUUAUCUAUUCUCUAGUACUUACUGAGUAGUUAUAUUGAUCAAGUUGUGAUUUAGUCACUUGUCGAAGUGAUGCGAUAACACAUUCACAAUACUUUACUGUUAUUUUUUUGAAGCUAAUUCUCUAGAUAUAAUCUUGAAAGAGGAAGACAAUUUAAGAUUCAGUCCUAUUCUUGGAUCUUUCAGUAGUUAUGCAUUUUUACUUAAACAUUUAUUAUUAUUAUUAUUACAGUGUGUUUUUAAGUGUCAAAUAACCAUAAAUGAACUCAUUGUGGUUAAACAAGUUUUAAGAACAUUUAAACUUAUAUAUUUUUUGGUAGAUUACUAGUCAAUUUACUUGUAUAAGAAUAUUCAUCAAUUGUGAAUGAAUGAAUCAGUUUAUAUCUAAUUUGUCAUUAUACAUCGAAACCAACUACAUAAUUUUGUACAACAUUCACUACUGGAUAAGCACAAAUGUUUCUCAGUUGACAUGUGGAAUUUGCACAACAUGGUGAAAAUAUUGUUUUGGUACAAUUUUCUCCUUCAAGUUUACAACGACCUAUGAAGAAAAAAGAGAACGUAAAUAAUCAAUAUCAAUGUUUAAUUGCAAUUUGCCUGAUAAAUCCAUUAAAUUAUGAGUUUUUCGAAGGCUUUCUUCAUUUUAAAAUUAAUGUUAAUUACAGAUUAACAUUAGAUGUAGAUGUUGUGUAAGUCAUAAGGGCAUUCAUCAAUAGUUUCACUUCAGUUUAUGGGUCAUCAAAAACUUAGCAGUGAGGUUAUAACUUACUAAUGAUAUAACUCACUUUCAGAUAACAAGUUGAAUGAGAUUAAACAUAUGAACUAUUACAUUUAGAACCAGAAAU